CAGCUGUGGUCGCUGCUGAGUUCCCUCAGUGAGCAGCGCGUGCAGUGAGGCCUUCCGGUUUCUCUCUGACAGAUCAGCUGACUCUGAUACUGCUGUCAGGAGACCUCACCAACUGUAUUGAAUGGGAACCAGGAAAGUUAUCAAGCCAUAGAAACGCUAUUAACAGCUGUAUUUUUCACUGCUAACGGACAGUUUUUUAUUCACAGUUGCACCAGUGCUGUAGCCAUGACAGAGUUUUGGUUGAUCUCUGCACCGGGAGAGAAGACCUGCCAGCAAACAUGGGACGUAAUGAUGGCAGCCACCACACGUACCAACAACCUGUCUACCAACCAUAAGUUCAACAUCCCAGACCUCAAGGUGGGGACACUAGAUGUCUUGGUUGGGCUGUCGGAUGAACUGGCCAAAUUAGACUCCUUCGUCGAAAGUGUGGUGAAGAAGGUGGCUCAGUACAUGGCUGACGUGCUGGAAGACAGUCGAGACAAAGUACAGGAGAACCUGCUGGCCAACGGAGUUGAUCUCGUCACCUAUAUCACAAGAUUUCAAUGGGACAUGGCAAAAUAUCCCAUCAAACAGUCACUUAAAAACAUCGCUGAAAUCAUCUCAAAGCAAGUAACCCAGAUAGACAAUGACUUGAAGACUAGAGCUUCAGCAUAUAACAACCUGAAGGGAAACCUGCAGAACCUAGAAAGGAAAAAUGCGGGGAGCCUGCUGACCAGGAGCCUGGCUGACAUCGUCAAGAAGGAAAACUUUGUACUUGACUCAGAGUACCUCAUCACUCUGCUGGUAGUUGUACCAAAGAUCGCAUACAAUGACUGGCAUAAAACAUAUGAAACGCUGGCUGAGAUGGUGGUGCCACGAUCCUCACACCUGCUAUUUGAAGACAAUGACAGUGGACUGUUCAGUGUCACUCUUUUUACGAAAGCCAUUGAUGACUUCAAACACAAAGCCAGAGAGAACAAGUUCACAGUGAGAGACUUCCAGUACAAUGAAGAGGAGAUGAAGGCAGACAAAGAGGAGAUGACACGGCUCUCCACAGAUAAGAAGAAGCAGUUUGGCCCACUCGUCCGAUGGCUGAAAGUGAACUUCAGUGAAGCCUUCAUCACGUGGAUUCACAUCAAAGCACUGAGGGUCUUCGUGGAAUCUGUUUUAAGAUAUGGGCUGCCGGUGAACUUCCAGGCCAUGCUCCUGCAGCCAAGCAAGAAGACAGUAAAGAAGCUGAGGGAAGUACUCAAUGACCUGUACAAACAUCUGGACAGCAGUGCUGCAGCUAUCAUUGAUACUGCGAUGGACAUCCCAGGCCUAAACCUGAGCCAGCAGGAGUAUUAUCCUUACGUCUACUACAAGAUCGAUUGCAACCUGUUGGACUUUAAAGUUUAACACUUGUCCCCGUUUUGUAUUUAUGUUGAGUGUUGAUUUAGUCUUUCCCGGUACAAACCACUCUCGUCCCCCC